CUGAAAUCGUCCAUGUUUCCUCUCUUUGCUUUAGAAUGACUGUAUUUUUUGUCAUUUCCGCAGUUUUCCUUUGUCUUUAUAUUACUGUUGUUGCGCAAGAAUCCGGUGUAUCCGAUGCAGCUAAAAGCUUAGGCUUAAAGGUUACUUGGACAGCACCCAUGCCAUCAACGGCAAUGGAUGAUGCCAAGGCUUUCAUAUCUGAGCAAUGGUCGUUGCCAUAUAAGCAUUUUUACGGUGAUACGAACUUGGCUUUCACAGAGGAUACCAUUUCUAGCAACAGCUCCUCCUCAUCAACUGUGUUGCGAAUAUUGUACGGUCAAGGAUCGUACUCACCAUCCGCCACAAGAUCCAGUAAUGUAGCUCUCGGUGGAACGGAUUUUUACACUCAACCACUUCAAAAUCAAUCCUUUGCAAGUGCUCUUCUGAGCUAUGAAGUAGCAUUUGCUUCCAAUUUCGAUUGGGUUCUGGGUGGAAAACUUCCCGGUAUUUUUGGCGGUACGCCUGGAGUAGGCUGUUCUGGCGGACAACAGUCAGACGAUAAUCAAUGUUUUUCCAUGAGACUGAUGUGGAGAGAAGCAGGAAAUGGAGAGGCAUAUGGUUACAUUCCACGAGCUUCCGAGUAUUGUCGAAAACAUCCAUUGACCCAAUGUCACGACGAUUACGGUGUGUCGUUUUCACGCGGAAUGAUACAGUUGCAAAAGAAUCAAUGGACAAAGCUGGAAAUUUUUGUACAGAUCAACGAUCCGCCAUCGGAAUCCAACGGCAUACUGAAAGUGUGGCAAGAUGGCAAUCUGGUCAUUUACCAAAACGAUGUCGUUUUCCGCACAUCCAACGCGCUGGCGGUGUCAAGUUUAAUGUUCAGCACAUUUUUCGGAGGAGGCACGACAAAAUAUGCUACGCCUUCAGACACCUACGCUUACUUUAAAAAUAUUCAAUAUAGUGUAGGAGCGCCAGUGGUAUUGACGAAUUCUGUAUCUUUUGUAUCAACUUCAUUUCUUGUGUACAUUAUCCCAUAUCUGGUAUUUCUUUUCUUGCAAUGCCUGUAGACCUUAUUAUACAAACCAAAUUUGCUAAAUCCGGCAGCUUGUGAAAAACUUGUUUCCUAGCUAACCGAAAAGUUUUACAAGAUGGUGUCUCCGUCGAUUAAAUAUAACAAAGGUUGUGAAAUUAAUUCAACUCUUGCCAAUAAAUACAAGGUUGUCUUUUCACCAAAAAAAUAAAUGGGGUCAUCAUUAUAAGCUACCAGACACAAAGAAAAAAAGGGAAUAAGAACCGAGGAUUCUCUCAGCAAGCCAUUUCCAAGUGGAGCUCAGUGACGGUUUCUGUGGGACUGCUCAAAUGUGUUUGAC